AUGAAGUUUGGCAAACAAAUUCAGGCAGAACAGGUCCCUGGAUGGUCUGCAUACUAUCUGGACUACAAAUUUCUCAAGAAGAUCAUUUCGUCCCUUGCUGCUAAUCGACCUGCGUCCGAAGCCGCUGCAUUGGCCCUUGGUGUCCGCCCAGCUGAUAUCUUGAGACCUAUUUCACAGAAUAGUACCACAGCAAUCCGAGUCCCAGUAUCAGCCCAACUAGACACCUCAAAUCCCGUCGAGCCGAUAACGCAAGAUGAGCCAGAUGAACCACCUAUAUUGUCUGUUCUCCAACAGGACGACGAUCGUGGUUCUGACUUCCAGGCGCACAAAGCCGCUUUCUUCUUCAAGCUAGAGCGUGAACUGGAGAAGAUCAAUACAUUUUACCUGCAGAAAGAAGCAGAGCUGAAGCUCCGGUUGGAGACCCUACUCUCCAAGAGGCGCGCCGCGGCAAUACGCGGGCUUCCUGAUACGUCCGAGGAAAUCAAUGUGAACCAUGUCGAGUGGAGUGCUGUUGAGGAGGGCUUCCGCCUCCUCGAAAGGGAUCUUGGAAAACUCCAGCAAUUUAUAGAGAUGAACGCAACAGGAUUCAGGAAGAUUUUGAAGAAAUGGGAUAAGAGGUCGCGGUCAACAACGAAGGAGCUCUACCUCGCCAGGCAGGUUGAGGUCCAACCAGUCUUUAAUCGGCAGGCAAGCGAUCUCAUAUCAGAGCUGUCUGAUACUGUAGCGUCCUGCCUCCUGGAUAUCACGGACCUAUCUGCUAGCUUGAAGGUUGAAGGUCCAGCUGCCCAUGAUUUCGUGAGCUUCAUCGAGAAAAAUAUGUACGCAGGACCGUUCCGCGAUUUUGAGCAUGAUUUGCGAAAAGCCGUGGAGAACUCGGAUAAAGCCUCUAUCAAGGAUCUUGUUCACCACUCGGAUCUUCUUGGUACACAGAAUGGAUGCAGAAUCAAUGUCACUCGCGUGCUGUGGAGGGUUAUCGUCGAUGCGCCACCUGAGUUAGCGGAUUUAGUACUCGCGAGCAUCACAGUCCCGUUCGACUUCGACUUCGUUGACGAUAUCAAUGGGCGAACAUGCAUCCACGAAGCAGCUGCCGCAGGGGCUCUUCGCCUCGUCAAUAUGUGUUUGGAGAAGUCAUCACAGCCAAAGAAGCUUGAUGUUUAUGGUCGGUCUGCCAUGCAUUAUGCGGCGAUGCAUGGGUACGCGCAUGUCUGCAAGCGGCUUUUGGAAGCUUCCCUACCUCCACACGUUCUCGAUGUGGACAAUUGCAGCCCUCUGGUCUAUGCCACUUUGCAGGGAAGUCCGGAAUGUGUACAAGUGCUGUUGUGCGACCAGUGCAUCUUGCCAUCAUUCACUGCGCCGAACGACAAUCUAAUUCCUCUUGCUUUGGCCAGUCAGCAUGGUCAUUUAGAAAUUGUAUCUCUUCUUCUGAAAAGAGGGGCACGUUGCAUGCCAAAUAGCAAUGGCGAAUACCCUAUACAUCUUGCCGCACGGGACGGUCAUGCCGAGGUUGUCAAGCUUCUUCUGGGCCAUGGAGGUUGCGAUACUCCAGACAAGUACCACGAGUGGACGCCCCUCUUUCACGCUGCGCGCCAAGGUCGCGCAUCUUGCCUUCGAACUCUUUUGGAGGCUGGUGUUCGAAUGGACUUGACUGAUGAAGUAGGACAUCAGGCAGUUCAUUAUGCGGCCUGGUAUGGGCAUCGAGAGUGUGUAGAGAUCCUGAUCGAAGCUGCAGCGAAGGUACCCCAUGCCACAGAAAUCGUUAGUCUUGGCCCCAAGUCUCCACUGAAUAACACAGAAAUGCAAGUGGAUUCCGAGUUUGAUCAGAUCCCUUCGUUGUCACUUCCCCCUCCGAUCAUGCCGCAUCGUGUAUACGGGCAUAAUUAUUUGGACAAGAACUAUCUCGUCGAGGUUACCGUUAACAAUAACCUUUUCCGAGGCGCGGGUGUAACACUCCAUCCCCGUCUGACCAGCUCUAUUAUUGCGCCCAAUUUGUCACUUCCAUCUUCAAAACCCCUGAAAAUGGUAAUCACCGCUGGUCCUGGCGUCAAUGCUGCUCCGUAUAGCAUUCUAUUGCCUCAAAUGGAAGAGUGCGAUGUGUUUGUCUUCCAAUCCCCGUCGCUGAAAGGGUUGAGCUUGGAAUUUUCGAUAUAUCCUAAUUUCGGCACUAAAACGAUUGGGCGUGCAAUUGCUCAUCCAUCGGUUUUGCAAAGCUGCAAUGGCGUAUCAGAUGUCACGCUUCCUAUCCUUGACACUCGUCUUCAUAGUAUCGGAGAAGUUACUGUCUCAAUCAGUGUCAUAACACCAUUUCAAGGUGUUACGUUGGAAGUGGGCGGAGCGGUGGAAACCUACUGGAAAUCAAUGGCAAUACCCAGAGGCACACCUUCCAAUUCGCAAACAUCAUUGCCGUGGCAGCAAUCUCCCGGCUCACUGGAUUCGACAUAUACGUCACCCUCGAUACAUUCCAACGCCGCCUCCCCGUUGCACACAUUAACCUUAUCAUCAUUGAUCGGGAAUCACGUGCAUAUCACCGUGCAAGUCACGCGCGACCUGCAUUCUGUGAUAUUCGGUGACUAUCUUUUACCGGAGGCCUCUUUCGACCUUGGUGUUUCGGAUGUCAAUCUAGACCAGUUCCAGGCUCUGGCACGUCGAUUGAGGCGCGAUGAUAAGUCGCUUAGAAAAGCAGUAUCUGCGCAAGAAUGGUCCAGAAUGCUGUCACACAGUAUGAUUACCCUUGCGGAUGCAAUGCAGGUUCUUCCUACGCAGCUCGGCCUUACGUUAGAGUUGGCACUGCCUGCCGAGCGUCGAGACCGUGGUUCCAUAAGAUGCCAAGUGGACCUGAAUGAAGCUGUUGAUAGCGUGCUGCGCACAAUCCGGCAGACUUCUUCGGCUUUAGGUGGAGCGUUCGCUCGUCGCCGAAUAGCCCUCACUUCAUUUUCGCCACAAGUCUGUGUAGCACUAAAUUGGAAACAACCAAAUUAUCCGGUUUUCUUUUCAUCUCGAUGCGGCCAAAUUGACGAGGGGCAACGAGCGUCGACCAGAUACCGUGCUGAUGAUACAAGUCCCGGGUGUCAUUAUUGGUCAUCCAGCGUAGCUGCUGGCGUAGACUUUGCAAAACGAAAUAACCUUUUGGGUGUUUUCUUCGAUCCGAAAUUAUUGUUGCAGGUCCCUUCGCUGAUUCAAGGAAUCAGGGACGCUGGCCUUGUAGUUGGCUUCUGCGACAGUCCGCUGGCCGUCGCUGAGCCGCUGGAAGGUAAAAAUGUGGACGCAUACAUUCAUGAUGGCAUCGUAGCAUACAUGGACCAUUCUACGAGCGAUCAGUUUUGA